AUGAAGGCACAGGCAGCUCUAUCUUUCUUCUUCAUUCUUAUACCAUCUCUAUGUGGAUCUCAAGAUAUGUUCUUUUUAGCUUCCUUAAGUCAUGUUAGUAUGAGUGAACAAAUAGUCAUUGGAAGACUUGAUGAAGAUGUAAUUCUCCCUUGUUCAUUUGAGAGUGGGCCCGAUGUUGUAGUUCACUGGAAGAAUCAAGAUAACUAUGUUUACUCAUACUACAAAGACAGUGACCAGUUGGAAAAGCAAGAUCCCAGAUAUGUAAAUAGGACAUCCCUCUUCCAUGGUGAAAUUCACAAUGGGAAUGCCUCCUUAUCUUUCAAAAGAUUAAAGCUUCAGGAUGAAGGAAUUUACAUAUGCUAUGUGGGAACAUCACCUGGAAAAAUCAUAAACAAAGUGGUACUAAAAGUGGGAGCUUUUGUCACACCUGUGAUGAAGUAUGAAAAGAACACCACAAACAGCUUCUUAAUAUGCAAUGUGUUAUGUGUUUAUCCUUAUCCAAUUAUCACAUGGAAAGUGGAUAAUACACCAAUCUCUGAAAACAAUAAGGAAGAAAUCGGAUCUUUGGGUCCUUUUUAUAUUAACAGUAGAGUAAAUAUUACAGGAUCAAAUUCAUCUUAUCAAUGUGCUAUUGAAAACACAUUGUUGAAGCAAACAUGGACAGGGAGAUGGACAAUGAAAGAUGGCCUUCGUAAAAUGCAAAGUGAAAACAUUUCACUCUCGUGUAAACCUGAAAACAGUUCUUUCCUACCAAAUCAAGAUUUCAUAGUCACUUGGUCCAGAGUGGACAGGGGGAAUUCUUUGGUCCUGGCUUACUUUCUGAACUCCUCACAAGAAACAAUUAUCAAUGAACCCCUACUUUCAUGGAACAAAGAGCUGAUAAACCUGCAUGACUUCUCUUUGACUUUGAAGGAUCUUCGUCUUUCAGACAGUGGGGAAUACCUGUGCAAUAUUUCUUCAAGCAAGUAUACUUUACUCACCAUCCAAACACUGCAUACCUUUUGUUUGUUUUAUUUAGAAGCAAGUCAAGGAACAGUUGUCGGAAUAAUUGUUCCAACAUUGGUGGCAGUCGUGGUGGCAGUUUUGUUGCUUUCAGGGGUAACUCGAGCCAUUAAAUCAAGAAGAUGCAUCUGUUUCUGCACAGAAGGGCAUCCACCUACUGAUCAGAGAUCUAGCCAUACAGGUACUGAAGAAGAAAACAUGGCUCUUUCAGAAUAUUCAUUCAGUAAAGGAAGUGAAGACAGGAGUUGACAACACAGCACAAACAUCCUUAAUAUCCAGUGAUCUCACCUCCCCUUUCUUCACUGCAAUUCCAGCAAAGGCUUCUCAUGACCUGACAAUUCUACCAUUGCAAAGACUUGUGAUACUGGAAAGAGAAUAAGUACGUUCUUUCUCACGACCUAAGAAUCACUCAUUGAUUCCCCCUACAUGCAUCAAGAUUAUAAAUGCCUGGAUGCCAAGGGUUCCAGUUCAGCUUGGAAAAGAACUAUCCCAUUCAUUUACAUUCCUGCUGCAAUCAGCCCAAGAGGCUACAGUGAGGUUUCUGCCAAGAACUCAGAAGAAAUGAAUCACUAAGAGAUGAUUCAAAAUCUGAUUAACUAAUGAUGGGUGAGUGGUAGAAGCAGAAGUCACUUUAGUGAAAAGGUGAAAAGCCAGAGCCUAGAAAACAAGGCAAUGGAUUUGCUAAAGUAUUGUACUCUAGUUUUAUAUGAAUGGUUAAUAUCAGUUUAAUCAACUAGAUUUAGUAUGGUGAGUCUUAGGGACCCCCAAAGAGUAAGAAUGUCAGUAUCUCUAAGACUACCCAGGGUGCAAAGGGCCGAACUAAAAAAUUGACAUCUCUGGGGUUGGGUUGUACCUUUCAACACCAGGGUUUGCAUAGCUGAGUGACCCUAGUUAUGAAGAUAAUUUGAUUUACUCUUUUGGCUCAGUUGUCAUAUUGUUAAUCAGAUUUCUAAUAAAUUUAGAUUUUCAUAUAAAUUUUUUAUGCAAGGAGAGAAUGGAUAAUUCAGAUGACUGGAUAAUCUGUUUUCAAUUUCAUUAUCAAUAAAUAAGAAAGAAAGCCUAACCAGGACUUUUUUUUAACUUAUUCAAGUUUUUAAUCGUAUAGCUUACAGGAGAAAACCAAUCCUCAGUUGUGUAUUAAUACUACCUGGUCCAAUUUUCUUUAUCAGCUGGACUUCUUUCACAAUCUCCUACUUUGCACAUAGUUCUCUUGACUUCAGGUAUUUGCUACAAUGUUGUGACCAGUGUUCAUCACAAACGGUGAAGUAUGAAGGACACUGAAAGAAAAACUUGAGAAAAGGACAUAGGAUACUUGGUGAGUAGAAAGUGCUCAGAAUCACUCUAGUCUACUUACGGUGAUGAGGGUGAUAAAUUUAAAGACCAAAGCCAACACAUUGAGGAUGGCGGACAAGAAGGACUCUGUGUCCUUCAAUGCCGCUGAGUCCCUGAAUUAAUCUUAGAGCCACCUGUGUGAAGCAGGUUGGAUCAGAGAGGCAGACUGCUGAGAACGACAGAAUAAGGAUUUAUUAUAGAGAUUCAACAUUAUACAAUUGUGGGCACUGGUGAAGAAGUCCGCACCAGGCUGUCCCCUCUGCAUCUGGUGCUGGGCCUGAGGUCAGGAAGGACAGCUGGAGAUGGACUGAGGAUGGACUGGAAUUUAUAAGAACAAACUGGACCCCAUGUGGUCUCUCAGGGCCUCCAAAGUCAACACUGUGAGUGACCUGUAAGAUAAGCUGGCGCCCAUUGCCAUGGAGCUGCACACCUGCCAGGCGAGGAUUCUGACAGGAGCUGAGAGAGCUGCGGGUCCACAGAGCUGUGGCCCAUCUCAGCUAGCUCACCUUUUUAGCCUGGAGUAAUAUUUGCCAGCUGUCACUGUGCCUGGGGCCAUACAUUGACCUUAUGAGCACAGAAUGAACCCAGCUGUUCCUUCACUUCUUCCUCUCAAAUCUGGUGCAUAUUUCUCUUGUGACCAACUUUAAUCCAGAACCACACAGGAAACAUACCUCCAGCUUAGCCAAAUUGGUACAAUACAAAGACAGCAUACCAGCUAUCACUGAUCUGAACAUCUUGUGUGGGGUGUUGCUUCAGUAUUGCACAAGUAUGUAGCCUACGUGGUUGUCCAGCAGGAGGGUUUUACCUAUAAGUGCAAAAUGCUUAACUAUGACUAUAUGUAAAUCACUAUAGAAUGCUAAGAAAAGCC